AUGGUUAUGAUGGUCACCAAGAUCAUGGCCAUUAUGUUCAUAAUGGUCGACAUUCGUAGUGGUCCUGAUCGUCCUUAUGAUCAUCGUCAUGAUGGUCAGCAUGGUCGUGGGUAUGAUGGUCAUGAUGGUCACGAUGAUCAUGGUCGUGAUGGUCCAAAUGGUCAUGGUCAUGAUGGUCACCAUCAUCAUGGUCAUAAUGAUCACCGUGAUCAUUGUCACGAUGCUCAUAAUGGUCACUAUGAUCAUAGUUGUGGUGGUCAUGACGGUCUCCAUGAUCAUGGUCAUGAUGUCAUGAUAAUCACCAUGAUCAUGCUCAUGAUGGUCAUUAUGAUCAUGGUUGUGGCGGUCAUGAUUGUCUCUAUGAUUAUGGUCAUGAUGGUCACCAUGGUCAUGUUCAUAAUGGUCAUGACGGGAACCAAGAUCGGGGUCAUGAUGGUCACCAUGAUAAUGGUCAUGUUGGUCAUGAUUGUCGCCGUGAACAUGCAGCAUGAUCAUGUUCAUGAUAGCCACCAAGAUCAUGGCCAUGAUGUUCAUGAUCGUCACUAUGAUCAUGGUCAUGAUCGUUAUUAUGUUCGGCAUAAUCAUGGUCGUGAUGGUCAUUAUCGUCAUGGUCAUAAUAGUCAUGAUGGUCGACAUGAUCAUAGUCGUGGUGGUCAUGAUAGUCACCAUGAUUGUGGUCAUGAUGGUCACUAUAAUCAUGGUUAUAUAGGUCACCAUGAUCAUGCUCAUAAUGGUGCCCACGAUCAAGGCCAUAAUGAUCACCAUGAUCAUGAUCAUGACGGUUGCCAUAGUCAUGCAUCAUCAUUGUCACGAUGGUCACCAAGAUUAUGGCCAUAA